AUGGGUGCCUUUCGCAAUCUCAUCGCCUUGGGACUUCUGGGUCUUGCAUCUGCAAACCCAGUGGAAUUGCAGAGGAGGGCUGUGACUGUUACAGCGUAAGUAAACCAACGUGCUUUCAGAGCGAGUGACCCUUAGCUGACAGACCUCAGCACCUCCACGGUAUUUUACUGUACCGACAACUCCCGGCCCACCGCAACGAUCGGAGCCAGGGACGUUGUAGAGAAACGAGCAACAACGACGACUUCACCUCCCGCCGCCACGGGGACCGUGAGCAACAUCGUCUGCCCCAGCAUGAACCAGACAACCGUCACCUCCAACGGCAAAUCCUUCCUGAUCGAAUGCGGCAUCGACCACGCCGGGGGCGACCUCGCCAACCAACCCGUCUACGUCGCCGACCUGGCCGGCUGCCUCAACGCCUGCGCCGCGCAGCCGCUCUGCGUCGACGCCGUCCUCUCCGGCACCGCAUGCUACAUGAAAGGCACCGUCGGCGCCCGAGUCUACGACGGCGUCAACGGCGCCCGUCUCCUCCCCUCCGCCUCCUCGGGAUCCUCCACCACCACAACAACCACCAUCACCGUCUCCUCCCCCUCCUCCACCCCGGCCAGCUUCUACGUCUACUACACCACCUCCACCACCACCUUCUACGGCUCCCUCGUCACACCCCCCGAAGGCACCGGCACCGUCGUCGGCUUCCCGCAACAAACCCCCGGCAGCAAAUUCGACCUCUCCAACCCCAAAGCCGUCUUCAACAAGAACGCCGCCGAUAUCCACCCGUGGAUUUUUCUGGACGCAACGGGCACGGCGGGCUUCCCGCUCGUGUGUACCGCUUGCGACGGCUUGCAGUGCAAUUAUGUCGGCGAGACGGGGGAUGUCUGGGGCGUCUGUGAUGGAUAUCUUGCGCUGGGGAAGAGUGGGAAUUUCUCGGGGCGGGCGGAUUGUUUUGAGACGGAUGUGAGGAUUAUUGCUCUUACUGGCUAA